CUCCAGCGUCACGAUAAAGAGGCGGAGGAUUCCCCCAGCAAGUGGAGAUCUGACGACGAAAUGGCCGUGGAAGCAGCAAGCCUCGAGAAGUAUUUUAAGUGAAAACAUGAGGUAAUUAUCCGGCCGAGGGCUGGUGCAAACCUUUUGUUUAUACAGCACCUUACAUAUCCUAGAAUUCUAAGGUUACGGUCCCUAGAAUUCUGCAGGCGGGUCACAUGAGAUGCUGUAAUGAGGCAGCAGCUCACAUGAUUUUCAACCUCUUGCCUUGGCCUUUCCCCCAAUCCCCCUCAUAUACAGUAAGGUAUGGAAGAUGGAAAUAGAUGUGUUAUGCAGCCUGCCUGUUCCCCUUCAACUAGCCUGCUGCCCUCAGGGGUUGUGGAGGAGGCCUACUGAUCAGCCGUGUUAAGUGCUAGCCUGGCUGGUUCUGUACAUGAAACUGUCCUUUGCCUCAGGCAGCAAAAUGUCUUGGGUCUGGCCCUGUGUGAGAUACUGCACCUCUCCGUCCCCAGGCUUUCUGCCAUGACAGAAGACACCAACCCCUGCGCUGUGAUAACAUCACACCCUGUGACUUCGAGUUUUUGUCAUAGGGCUGUUGCUCUGGCAUCACCGCCACCGUGCCAGCUUUCGUUUAAUGGGUUUCCCAUCUCUGAAAUCUUCAUUCUGAUUCCCACUUUCAGAACAGACCCGCUGCAAAGCUCCGCGCUCUGCUCCGGAAAAGAAUGACAUUUUAAAAGGCAAGGCCAUUCGUCAGUAAGGCCUCUGAAAACUGCAUCGCUUUCAUGUCCUUCCUUUGGACCCAAAGGGCAGACUAUCCUAUAGAAACGGAUUGGCCCCCUGAGACCAGUCUGUGAUGCAGCGAGAUGGACAGAGACAUGAUGACAGCCAGGCUGUUCUUUCAUUUCUCUGGCACUUUUCAAGACAUUUCAUAUUUCUUCUUCAAGGAAGCCCCAAAAGAGGGGGUGAUAAAUGUUUCACCAGGGUGGUUUCGUUUUUGACAGUCCAAUUUAGGAGGAUCCUCUGGCUAAAUUUCACAAGCCAUUUACCUGUUUUGCUGCAGAGACCAGAACAUGUCCUGAGCCGUUUGGUACUCUUCAGUUUGUUGAACCCUCUUCUUUAGACUCUUCUUUGAGCACUGUUGCUCCCUCUCUCAUAAUGUAUGCACUAUCCAGUGGAAGAUGCCAGGGUUGUCCAAAGGUUAUUGUCCCUUGAGGGCAGACUGCUGGGCCCCUCAAACUCCUGCUGCAACAUGCAUGCUUCCAGCAUGAUCUCAGUGCUCUGGUUCCGGCAGUUCCCAUCCCUCGUGGCUAUUAAAUAUAGCCACUGGGGUACCCUUUAUCAAGAGAGACGAGAGUCAAGGGGAGUACAACCUUGCACCUUCUGCUCCGUCUCUCGGCGGUUUCAAAAGUCAACAGCCAUGGUGUCCUUCUGGAUCAGAUCUGUGGGAUGGGUACUGAAGACAGUCGUUCCUUUCCUGCCUCCAGAGUUGGUGCCAAAGAGUAGCACAGGGAGAGUGUUCUUUGGCCCCCCUAGCAAUUUUGCUAUUGGCUUCCUCAGGUCACAUUAUUAUUAUUAUUAUUAUUUCUCAGGUUGCAGUUAAUUCCGAUCCCCCCUCCCCUCUCUCAGCAGACAGCCAAGGAAGUAGACAAGGAAGCUCUUACUGAGUCUUUAUUCAAUAAUCACAGUGAGAGGUCUCUGUAUGCUGCCUACUAGGUUAAUGGCGUUGCUCCAACUGAGCUGCUUCCACUCCCUUCCUAGCAAAAGCACGUCCCCUUACGGUGGCUGCCAGAGGCUAAUUGUCUUUGAGUCCUUUGCUCUUCCACUUUCAUUGCACGCCGGGUUCUGGGAGAAGGGGGUGGAGUCAGUGGUAACGUGUCAGCUGGCUGCUCUGUCUCUGUCUCCCCCUUCUCCUCUCCCAACACCUCCCAACUCUUCUGUUCACCUGUCUCUGAGCUGUGACCUUCCUCAAACCACUGCUGUAAUUCAAUACUGCCUUCCUCUUACCUGGAAAGUUCAGGAGGGGAGGUCGGUCUCCACCAUUCCUCUUCAGUCUCAUUCCCCUCAGUCCAGUCCCUGACAUCAUCAUCAUUAUCAUUUAUACCCUGCCUUUUUCCUCCAAUGAGCUCAAGGUAGUGUACAUUAUUCUCCUCCUCAUUUAAUCCCCACCACAGCACUGCGAGGUAGGUUGGGCUGAGAGACAGUGAGCGUUUCAGUCCAUCUCUUUCAAUAAACACCACUAGCAACGGGCUAUAGUACAUCACUAUAAAAUUCAGAAUCAGCGUUGGCACAAAUUGCACAUGCAGGGCUUUACAGAGAGGGGGAAAAUGGGAGAAUUAAGUGCUUCUUUAUUAUAUUCAAAUGACUCCCCCCCUCUCCCGUUGCUCAUAUUAAUGGGAAAGAAAGCAAUCUACAGUUCCUCAAGACCUUCUUGACCUGGAAGGCUUUGUAAGUGCUGGCGCUUGAAUGUGUUAAUGGGAGGAAAGAGAAAUUGCAAUUGAGAGAAGGUUUGGGAUAUAUAUAUAUAUAUAUAUAUAUAUAUAUAUAUAUAUAUAUAAAAUUACAAUGUGAUUUCUCAUUUUGUGAUCCCAUUGUUCACAGCGAAAGCUUGUUAAAUAAGUGGCACAAUUGGCCGGCUAAUCUGGCCCUGUUGAGCUGACCCUGUAAGGCCAGUAAUUGUAUGGGAAGAUAACUUGCUCUGAGUCAGCGUCAGAACUGCAUGACAGGAACGUUGCAAAUCAUCAAUGAAAGAUGGAUACCUAGCAGAUUAAGUUGGAGAGUGGGGGGAGCUAUUGCUUUGGGAGCAACAAAUAAGUCUUUUUCCUGCUUUCUGACAUUACUCAGCUGGUUGGCUACUGUGAGAACAGGAUGCUGGAAUAGAUGGGCCAUAAUAAUAAUAAUAAUAAUAAUAAUAAUAAUUUCUUAUUUAUACCCCGCCCAUCUGGCUGGGCUACCCCAGCCACUCUGGGUGAUGUGCAGCGUAAAUUAAUAAUGCAGAGCUCUUAACUGAAUAAAAGCUUUACUGAGUUAAAAUAAACUUCUUCAUAAACAACAUGGUUCCAAACAGUUUGACUGAGAUUGCAUACUGACUCUGUUCACAACUGAAACAGACAGACUCUCACAUCUUACAGAGAGCACAAAGAGAAACUGGCUGCUAAGACACAUGUCAGAGUGACUCAACAGUAAGCAGUUAGGCCUGAAUAACUUUAGUAGGCCCAAAUGACUGUCUUUGUCACAUGACACUGGGUGGCUUCCAACAAAACUGGCAUGAUCCAGCAGCCAAUGCCUGACACUCAACCUGACACUCAUCUUUUAAAGAAAAAUGUUGCAUCAAGCUUGGAAGCUUUGCUGUUGUACAGUACUUCACACAGGGCUAGGUGAGCUUGUCUAUGCUUGCAGGAGACAAACGAUUAAACAAUUGUUAAGAUAUUAAAAGGGUAUACCAAGGGAGUUUAAGUUUGGGUCCCUAGUGAUGUCACAGAUACUAUCCAAUAGGUAGCUGCGACACUGGCAGUGUAUGCAACAUUCAAACAUGCUUGGGGAGGGGGAGGAGGACUGAGUUUUCAUUUCCUCACUGCUUGGUAAUGGAUCUUCAAAUUUCCUGGCAGCAGAAAUGUUACCUUGAGAAAAAAGAACUCUGUUUCAGCUGCCCAUCUUUUGCUCACACUGCUACCCAGAUCCCAUUAGCUGCUGCUUUAGCAACUGGGGUUUAGGGGAUCAGGCUGUAAGAUACGUAGGACUUAAGGCAUUUAAAACUUGGUUGCAAGCCAGCUGCUGCCACCUAGUUCCCAUCCGGCCAAAAUGUGCAGCUAUUAUAUUUAUGAUGCAUUAAGCCAUAAGGCGGCAUGUAAUUGCCAGCGCUGGCACUUCUGUUGUGCAAACUGAUGUGUAAGGUAAGCUCGCAUGAGAGGGUCAUUUAGAAGGCAGCAGUUAACAGGCCACGUUUACAGCUGCAGACCGCUUUUCAGAUGUGUGCAGAUUCCUGGCAUUGUGGAAAUCGGGCGUCUCAUUAGCAAGAUAAACGUUUUGAUGUUCUCAUGUUCCUGCAGUUUUUUAAUAAAAAAAAAAACACACUGAAAUUUCUCUCUGAUCUGUCAGGGCACUUUAUAGAGCCAAAAGGUUCAUUCCACUCGAGCAGCAGACACCCGCUGACACAAUGGAACUUCCUGUUCCCUGCAACCGUCCAAUCUGCUCCAGACAGUUGGGGGAAUCAUCCAAAGUAUAUUUGCAGGGGCAGGCAUGUGGGGAGAGGAGAUGCACAUGCACUGAACUCCAAUUGUGCCACUUUAGACUCAAGCCUUUGAACGGAUUGGUUCAAUGUAGCCCAUGUGAAUAGUGUCAGGAGUUCAGCCUACACUCGAGUAGGACCCUGGCAGAGAAACGUGCCCGACUGGCAUGUUCUCUCCGUCCUGGUCUUUCAUUUGGGAGCUUCAUAAACUUUCUUCAGCCCAAACAUCACAGCGACCGAUACCAACCGACACCGGCACACUUAGGGAUCCACAGAGUUUGUGCAUCUUGCAUGACAGACCUCAGCAACUCAGCAUUUUGGCUAAUCUAGUUUAUUUACAUAUAAACACACACGGAGCACUGCAACAUGGCUCCCUCUCUCUCUAGCAUCAGAUAGUAAAGAGAAAAAGAACAAAGGACAAUAGUCCCACUUCACGUAACACAGUGACACAAACAUCCUGUCUCCGUCACUUCCCACUCUGUGGAGUCAAAACAUAUACCGUCAUGUGAAAGACAACAAUCCCAUGACUGCAGUCAUAGAUCAGGAAUUCUAACAAAUAGGUGGUGUUCCCCUAACUUCUUAAAUUCAGCUUCCAGAGCUUUUCCAGGUGUGUCUACCUUGGGAAAGAUGCUUGACUGUUACCUUUCACACAUGCACGUGCUCCUGGGAUGGUUGGCACCAUAUGUCCCUGAUUUGAAGGAUAACGCCAUAGAGGACCUUGGGAGCAUCGUCUUCGUGUGCCAGAGCCGCAAAGGGCCUCUCUCUUGCUAGAUGCAAUCGAUCUGCGAGAUCCGGCUGCGACUGCACUCAGGCACUGUUUGCAUAUAAUCCUUGCACAAAUACGCAUUUUGGUAAUCAGCUGUGGAUUUUGACACACUCCAAGCCUUAAGUGCUAUUCAUUAUAUCACCCACUCAGCCAGCCGUAAGAACCAUUAAUUAUGAAGCAGCAACAGCGGCAGCUGACUCCUGCGUGGAUCUCCUCCGUUGCGAGAGAUGAGAAAGCAAAUCUGCUCGCUCCAGAAGAAAUAUGUUUUCUGAAGGUCACCUUAAUAAACAAAACAGAACAAGAACCACAUCUGUCAGUAGCACAGAACAGAGACAAAGCGUUUUCUUCCCGUAAGCAGUUUUAAUGAUGGACUUUUAAAAAAUAUUCUUUUUAAAAAAAACAGUAUGGAAAGCGGAGAGUGGAAAACAGCUCUGCAUUACAUUUCAGGACUAGGUUUCUUCUUUCAAAUGAGUUUUCUCACAGUAGUAAGAAACAAGUAAAUAAGGAGUAAUAUUUUCCCGCCCCCUCCUUUUCAAGUGAAUUCCAGGGAAAUAUAUUGGCAGAAGGUUUGUAGACAAACAGAACCUGGCGGUGAUGAGUGCUAUUUGAAAUCUAAAAAACUCUACAAGGAACAUGCUGAAAGUGAGGGGGUGGGUGGAAAGGAAGGUUGGGAUGAGUGGGUGGGAAAAUCCAUAUCUCAAGCAGAAAAUAUAAGCAUGUAAGAGAGAAAUGCAAUUACUUUAUCCAGAUAAUAAUAAUAAUAAAUUCUGUUAUGUGUAUGGGAACUCUGUUUCCCAUAGGACUGGGAAGCAUUAAUAUCUGUCACGCUUAGUGCUCUGCCGUGGUGUCUCUGAGUAAAAUCCCACCUUCCCACUUUCCCCUCCCAAAUCCAGCUCAACGAACAUGCAAUAACAUUAGCUACACAGGAGCACACAAUUGUUCAAUGGAGAGCUUCCAAACAUGACAAUCAAACUGUACCUUUCUUCUUAUAUCUCUGGCAUUGCAUCUAUCUAUCUAUCUAUCUAAUGUUUGAUCUUCUUAGAGUCCCAUGGACUGCAAAAAGAUCAAACCUAUCCAUUCUGAAGGGAAUCAGUCCUGAGUGCUCCCUGGAAGGACAGAUCAUGAAGCUGAGGCUCCAAUACUUUAGCCACCUCAUGAGAAGAGAAGACUCCCUGGAAAAGACCCUGAUGUUGGGAAAGAUGGAGGGCACAAGGAGAAGGGGACGACAGAGGACGAGAUGGUUGGACAGUGUUCUCGAAGCUACCAACAUGACUUUGACCAAACUGCGGGAGGCAGUACAAGACAGGAGUGCCUGGCGUCCUCUGGUCCAUGAGGUCACAAAGAGUCGGACACAACUAAACGACUAAACAACAACAAAUAGAUAUAGAUAUACCAACUGGCCCAAAUGUAAGCUGCACCCGCAAAUAAGCCACACCUUUAAAAUUCGGGGGGGGGGGGACAAUACCCGAAUAUAAGCUGCUCCCUUAAAAUUGGGCUACAGGCUGAAAAUCACUGUGGUCGGUAGAAGUGUAACUCCCAGCCAAUUUAAGCCUUUGAUCUUGUAAGCCCGCCAAAGUUACCGUACAAUCGCUAAAAUCGCAAAUCGCUAUUCAAUUGCUGCAAUUCUGCAGGCACUCAAGCUCGCAGAUCGGCAAGAAAACAUUUUUUUGUUCCAUUUUACCAUGUGUCUGUUUCAGCAGCGAUAUCAUAAAAGCCAGUUUUUGUAAGGUUGUGAAUUUGAGCCGCAUCUUAACUUUUCACGGUUGGAAUUUGGGGGGGGGGGGAGUGCAGCUUAUAUUCAGGCCAGUAUGGUAUAAGGUAAAGAACGCAUGCUCCAGGAAGCCCAACACAUCAAAUCCGAUCCUUCCACAACCACAUUGCAGACAGACACAUUGGCAUAAAAGGUAAAAAAAGAAAAAGAAAGGUAAAGGACCCCUGGACGGUUAAGUCCAGUCAAAGGCGACUAUGGGGUGUGGUGCUCAUCUCGCUUUUCAGGCCAAGGGAGCUGGCAUUUGUCCACAGACAGCUUUCCGGGUCAUGUAGCCAACAUGACUAAACCGCUUCUGGCACAAUGGAACACCGUGACGAGUGCCAGAGGGCACGGAAAUGCCAUUUACCUUCCCACUGCAGUGGUACCUAUUUAUCUACUUGCGCUUGUGUGCUUUUGAACUGCUACGUUGGCAGAAGCUGUGACAGAGCAACGGGAGCUCACCCCGUCUUGCAGAUUCAAACCACCAACCUUCCAAUUGGCAAGCCCAAGAGACUCAGUGGUUUAGACCACAGCACCACACGCUCCCUAUUAUAUAGAUAUAUAUAGAUAACAAUCAAGGAGGGUGAAAAGCAAGGCUGGGGUAUGGCUGGAGAGUGUGUUGGAGUCCUGAGGGCCACUUUGAGAGGCUUGGAGGGCCGCAUUUAGCCUACAGGCCUGACAUUCCACACCCCUUUAGCAUACAUUCAGGUCCCACAAUGCUUUCUAUUGGAACCAUUUGUUAGGCAAACGUUCGCAUCACAAAUCUAUGAUUUCCACUGUUUCCUAUGGAAAUAUUUCUGGUGCUGGAUUGGCCAGAUCUCUCUCCAUUGAAAGAAGAAACCAAUCAGCAAAAGAGAGACAAAGGGGGGCGGGGACAGAUUUGACUGCUCUAUCCUGCUCUCUGUUUCAUCCAAUCUUGCCACUCUCUCUAUGGUUUCUUCCUGAAAAUGGCUGCAGCCGAUCAGCAAAACAUAAACAAACAAGGAAGUAAGGAAGCCAACUGUUGGGAUAUCUGAAUCUGCAAAGCUUCUAGCAAGGUCUGGGCAUAAUUCUUUACAUGCAGAUAAGUGAAUUUUCAGAUAGCGAGUGGGCAGGCAGUGGGACCCGCUUGUAUUUUCGAAAGAGCUGAUGGGGUUGCAGUAACCGAGUUACCUGUUUUCUGCAAGGAUGAAACCACAAGUGGUAAUAUCAUAACUAUUGCAUGAUGGAAAGCCAAGCUGCCUAACAAUCCCAAAAACAAACCCUUGUGUUGCAAUGAGAACCAGUCACAGAAAUAUAGGCACAACACGUGGGCUAAUAACUAUUAAACCAUAUAUAAUAGAAUAAUGAUAUCAUUCAAAAGGUAGAAAUAAAUCUAUUAGAGUUCAUAUAUACAAUGUAACAGACCAGUGGCACAGAACGUCAAGCCACGGGUUCAAGAUAGGCAUCAAAGGUCAGUCUCACAAUGGUUAUUCAAAGGUUUCAACAGAAGACGUCUCAAAAGUCUAAAAAGUAAAGUUUUUCAAAAGUUUCAAUGGAAUCAAAAGUUUCAACAAUCCCAGGCUGCUGCCACUGCCAGCACUGGCCACUCUGUUGUGUUAUUCUGGGAAAAAAAGGGAACCUGUGGCUCUCCAAAUGUUGUUGAACAUCCAUCAGUCCCAGCCAGCAUGGCCAAUGCUCAGUCCAACAAUAUCUGGAGGGUCACAGGUUCCUUGAAGACUGCCUGAGCAUCAAGAACCAACACCAAAACAGUUCGGGCAUAAUCUAUGUGUAGCAGAUACUGCUAGUCUGACUUCCUGAUAUGCAUGAUGUUAUCUCUCACACCUGGCCACCCACCCUUCAAAGGGGCACUUGUGCACAAUGGGACCCUUGAGUGCAUGGGACACCUACACACAUUCAGCUACUCACAUGUAGGUUGGGGUGCCAGUGGACUACAACUUUGGGGGCGGGCAAGAGGCAUGUCUGCACUCAGUAUUAACCUGCUAUGCAUAGAUGUCUGAAUGCAGCUAUCAUUUCUACGCCCUGCCGAUUUCUUUUUCUCCUUCACAAUCAUGAUUCUCUCUUGGAUAAAUGCUAAUGAGAGCUAGCUGAUUGCUUAAUCUCAUAGCUUUCGCCUUGCUCACGUAAGGCACAAAACGUUGCUGCAUUUGACAAAACAUCUUAUUUUUAUGUCUAAUCAGGCAACAAAGCACCUUUGGCGAAGUCUGGCUGAGGCAGAAGACAAUGGAGGAAACCAGAGGCCCUCCCUGCAAACCACCAAUCUUUCCUGGACCUAAAGCUCCAGAGAUGUCAAUAUAUUCUGCAGAGAUGCUGGAUUCUUCCACAAGAUGCUUUAUUAACCCCACCUAA